AUGGGGCGUGCGACCAAGCGGAACACGUUCAUCCAGCUGGACCAUGACCUAGAACUGCUGUACCAACUGAGUGCUAGGUUGGGAAGCCGAAGCGACGAGAAAAUAUUGCGAAAAUGCAUCGACCUGAAGGCGGUCGCAUUGGCGUCCCGGAUCUUUGAACAGCUCGCACGGCACUACGUGGCACUGAUUGUUCCAGUGACCUUUUUUGUGUUGCUCUGCUUCAAUCACUACUCCUGGAACCGCGGCAUGUUUCAUGUGUUGUCGGACUUCGAUGAUCGAGAGCUGCGCGUAGUGUGGCGGAACAUCUGGAUCCAGUUUCUGGGUCAGAUCGUGACGUGCGGCUCCUUUUGUCUCGCGCUGCGGCGGUGGAUUCUUCGGGCCAGCCUGUCGGAACAGGUCGGGCAAGAACGUGCGGGGACCACGACCACCGAGACCCUGGUGGUACAUGCCGCAGUGGCUAAACUGCGCCAGAAUAUCGCAGCAGCGUGUUACGAUCAGAAACGAGGCAGCGGCGUGUUUUUUGUCGUCUUGUUUACGCAAGCAGCCCUCACUACCGUCGUAGGGGUGUGCAUGCUCAUGAAACACGAUGGAAUGGACGCGAAAGGCGUAGUGCAGUGGAUGUUUGACGGGAAGAGCGCGUUCCCGUGGAAGCUGGACCCCUGGUGGAGCUAA